AUGGGGGCCGUUGCAGCCUCUUCACAGUUUUGCUUUCAGACUAUCGAUGGGGCAAAGCUACAUGGACUGCAGCCAACAUUGAGCUGCGGCUCGCCAAGUGGGCUGGAAACGAACAGGAGAACCAACAAAGUAGUGAAACGGAGUUUGAACCGGGCGUAUGCCAGAGCCCUUGACCAAGGUUUUGCUUGGUAUCGUGGCCACAGCUACACAGCCCAGGAGCUAUCUUCCAUGGGAUGCACUGCACCUACAGAGAGACCUGAGCCUCUGCCAUCCUGGCAAGAUCUUUCCAUGUGUAACCAGCAUCACUCACCCAAACGCAGACUGGUCACCUGGCAAUGGAACUGUGGUGGACUCACCAAUGCCAAGCUGGAUGAGCUCAAGGCUUGGCUUGGAGCCAACAAAGUUGACAUAGCGGUGGUCCUUGAGACGCGAUGGCGCUUUGAUGGUGAGUGGAGUGACCCUGAUUGGAACUUGCUACACUCAGGCACUGUGCAUGACGACCAAUCCACACUGCUGCAUAUCCUGAGAAUCCAUGAUUUGAUAGCCUUGAAUGCGAGCUCCUCGGCACUAGGUCCGACCUAUGUGCACUACAACCAAGCUAGCAGACUGGAUUACAUUUGCGUUCGCAGAAUGUUUGCAGAUGGGGAGGCCAGACGGACUGUCUACCUUUGGCAGUCUCCCUUCAUUGAUCAGACAAACACCGGCCAUGCACCCAUUUUGUGCACCAUUGCGAAACAUUGGAUUCCACCCUAUGCCAUGUCCAGAUUUCAGAAAGUCACUAUGCAGCAACGCCGCAAUAGCCGACAAGCCUUUCUGAACCAAGAUGCAACUUGGCGAUCCUUUGCCACUGAGACGCAGGCUGUCCUUAGCAACCAUUUGACUAGGACUGACCCCGCCAACAGUAUCAUUGAACAGAUGCAUCAGGAUGUCAUGCGGAUGUUUUUCACCAGUUUUCCUGCUGGCAACAACGUGUCCAGCAUUCAGCCGUGGCAGACUGGUUUACCCACCAUGCUCAACAAGUGGGAGCAUCGCAGACGCUUCCUCAAAGCUGCAGUGUGCACUGUACAGAACAUCAUCACUACAUGGCACCAUGUUGCACGUUUCAUGCAUUUGAAGAGACAGCACCGCAAAAUGGCCACUGAGAUCAGAGUCCAGCUCCGAAACACUGCUGGGGUCUUGGCCACACCGAUUGAGUGCAUGUCCAUUUUGAAUAAGUUUGUGCAUGACACAUGGAAUGGCCCACGCAGAAUGAGAAUCACGUUCACACAACCUCCAGGUGUCCCGUUCACGGUCCAGCAACUGGUGACUGCACUGGCAGCCAUACCGGAACCUGUUGGUAAGGCUGUCAUGGGUUUGCUCAUUCGAUUGGCGCUCAAACAAGCCAUGCCAUGCAUCACGCCAUGGCCCGUUUGGGCCUAUUUGGAGCACCGCUCCACAUCAGAUGCAAUUCACAGGGCCAGUGCAUCCGUAGAGCCUGUGCAUUCGAUUUGGACUCUCUCCCACGAGGCGGUCAUCAGUGGCCCGGCCCUGUGUGUACCCCAAGCUGGACAGCAUUUGAGUGACACCUUGCCAUCGGUUGCCAACAUGAGCUCCCCAGAUGCUGCUGUCAGAGGAAACAGAAUGAUUCAGGCCACAGACCUUGAGAAUCUCCAUACUCUUGAGUUUGGCACACGCCUGCUUCAACUGAUACAAGAUCGCAGUUGGGAAGCGCUUGAAGCCGAAAGAGAUGCUUGCCAGUACCUUAGCUCCAGAUGCAUUGUCUGUGCCCAGCAUUUCACCAGGAUACAGGAAAUGCGACAACACUACAGACAACACCACCCGGACCUAUGGGAGCACGUGCCACUGAAGGCACAACAGCUCACCAACAUUCACAGCCAAGAAGCUCCUUGCGGAGUAUGCGGGGCCCUUUUCAAGACCCACACCUGCCCGGUGUGGUCACAGGUGGCAAUGCUACUUGUCAAUGGGGCCUGUAGUGAUCCUACCUUGGACUCUGCCCUGCGCUGCCGUUGCGAGAUCUGUGGCGACUGUUUUGCAACUGCUGCUGACCUCACCCAGCACCUGCAGACUCAACAUGGCCUUCAUGGCCUGACGUUCAACGUCAGCAGGGAUGCCCUGGACCACAGUCCAGCCUGCGCACACUGUGGGCAAAUCUUCGAUACGAUGAGUGGCCUCAAAACGCACAUAGUGCAGGGCAAAUGCAAUUACUUCAAUCCCAUGGCCAGUGCAGAGACCAAACCGAUUGAAGAUUUGUGGAGGGCGGCCUGCCUACAGGGAACACUGUUUGAGAUGCUGCGCAGUGCUCACAACCGCAUGCGCCUGACGCUGCACUGUCAACUUUGUUCGAAGGUGCAUUUGAGAUCUGCAGACCUUUGUCUCCAUCUCCAAAGUGCUCACUCCAUGUUGUGGCGCCGGGCUCAGAAAUUGACGUUGUUGCUGGUGGAUGCUUUUUACAGUCGCAAUGAAUGCUGCUGUAAUCCCUCCAUUGGUAUCAAACGGGGUAAUCAUGUUUGUGCACCGUUGCGUCAGCUUGCCAUGAUUUUCCAUCAACUGGAUCAACAGCCUUUUGCUCCCACUGCCAUCACAGAAGAACUCUUGCAAGCCAUUCUCUCUAGGAAGCUGGCAGGGGCUCAGAAGUUUUUGCUUGAACAACUCCUGACCAAUCGCCAAUUUGGAGCACUGUGGCAAGAGGACGAUUCCAGCGUCCUGGUGACACAGGAGCAGAGCGCUGCCCAACAAGUGCUGGAGGCCUUCACCAAUUUGGCCCCACUCUUCCGAGACAGUUCCUUGAAGUUGGAACCGAAUCCCAAGCAGCCCAAGCAGCGGCGAAGAGACCCUCCAAACAGGCCAAAAGAGUCAUCAGACAAGCAGGACAACCAGGGGGAACACCCACCUGUGCUACAAGUGUUGCGGGCACUGACCAAUCUGGUCAUCAAACACGACCAAGAAUUACAGAGCCUGCGCCGAAUGGAUCAAUUCAUUCUUUUUUUGAGCGGCGAACCCAAGGGUGCCCUUCACCUGAUGCUCCAGGAAACCAAGGGUUGGAAGGAAACGUUGGAGAAGAAGCCACCCGUGCAACAGCCGCUGCGGCAACACCUGAUCCUGGUACUGCUGAAGACACUCCGCAGCAGAGCGGAACAAUUGGUGAAGGCCACGGAGAAGGACGAGCUGUAUCAGACCUCUGUGCAGAAGGGCCUGAUGCUGCAGGAUCGCAGCUUCCCGUUUCACAGAUGGGAUCCAACAACGCAGAAACUGGUCUUGGAUCGCAAGACACCCAUCAGUGCAACGAAGAUGGAACAACAUUUGGACGAACUCCUGGAGGAGCUGCUAGAUCCACAGCUGGUGAUCCGCUUUCACGCGCUGAAAGCACCGAACCCAGAGCUGGCCUCCAUCCCUUGGACAGUGCUUCUUCAGGCCAUUCGUGACUUGACCCUGCUCAACGACAGCUCGUGGUGCUAUGCCAACAGCAUCACAUAUUGUGUUUUGUGGACCUGGCUCAGUGCCAAUCUUGUCCAUGAUGUUUGGGGUAGAAGGUUUACUGCAAUGCUGCGCUUUUUUUGCAAUCGCAGCACCAAUCGUGUGGCUUUGACAUCUGCCACGUGGUUUCAGCGUAUCUUUCAACUGUGGGGACCAGCGCCAGGGCAGAAUGAUUGCGCUGAAUUUGCACAGGCCGUUUUGGCUUGGCUCCGAACUCCUGUGUAUGACAUGCGCUGGGAAAGAAGAGUUCUCAUCGAGAAUCAGAUCCAGAUUUUUGACUUCAGCAGUGAACAUGCUCCCAUCACGUUAGCAUUCACACCUAGCAUGGUACAACAUGGCAUUUGUGACAUCUCCAUCAUGAUGCAAAACUGGUGCCAGGAGCACUCCAUGCAGGCGGCCUUGACCCAGGCUCCGGUUGGACUCUGCAUUCAUAUUGACAGAAUGUUUCAGGAUGACACUGGAAACAUUACAAAGAGCACAUGCAUGGUGCCCAUGGAUGUUGUGCGUGUCCCAGUGUUCUCACAUGGUGAUCUGCGCAUGAUGCUGACUGACUACACCCCAGUUGCUGGCACAACUCAUUUUGGAGAUGAUAUGGCAGGGCAUUGUCAGGCGCUCUUGCGCACUCAGCCUGGUGUGAUGCAAAACAACCAACCAUUUUCAUGGCUGAUCACAGAAGAUGCCACACUUCCCGCACCAGUGUGGGACAUUCCGAGUGCAUUCAGCUGCAACUUGAAGGUGCUCUGGCUGAUUCGCAAUGACUGCCUGCAUUUGCCUCUGAUUGUGCCGAGGGCUGAUUUUCAAACGACAGCUGUGCCGACUUCCACAGCUGAGACAGAUGAGCUUCUGGCCUUACUGCAGACGCAACCAGGGUGUAACCCGGUCCCAAUUCCGGGGACAACCAUCGAACGCUCCAGCACUACGAUGCCACCUCCAGCUGAUGGUCUUCAGACACGGUUACGAAAUCCCAUGGAUGUGGUGAUCUUGGUGGAGACAAAGUGGAGUUUUUCUUCCACCUGGGAAGAUGCGGAGUGGUCCUACCUGCACACGGCCACUGAUCAGCCUCGCAGUGGAGGGGUCCUCAUAAUGAUUGCCCGCUCCUUUGCUCACCCGGAACAACUGGGCUUCGAUCAUAUCCUGCCAGGAGAUUUCAACUGUGAUCUGAAAUCCCAACAUCCCUGGGUCGGCUCCACGACCUUCCAAUGGAAGAACAUGCAUGUUGCAGGGUCUCAACACCAAGACCAACAGCGCUUUCAAGCCCUUUUGCGUCACCAUGGACUGACUGCCUUGAAUACCUGGGGCUCCUCAGGAGCCACCUUCCAACAUGGCAAGUUUGCUCACCGAGACCGUUUUCACCAGUUGUGCCAGGAAGUGGACUUGGCAGCGCAACGACAUGUACCCAUCAGCCUGGACCCAUCCGACACGGUGCUGACACAGGUUUUUCCGUACUGCCAGCACCCAGCCGGCGACAGUGGCACUGCAAGGAAUAUGGAUUCCACGGCAGGAUCAUCGACUCCCCCGACAGCUCUGCCGGCGGCUGCCAUGAUGAAUUUUCAUGUCAUGACCCAGAUAUUCUGGCCAGAGCUUCAGAACACGAUUCUGCAUGCUGACUGGACACAGAUGCCGCGCAAUGCCCGAGGCGUCACAUCACUGAAGGUCGAUGUGAAUCCUUCAACCCGGCUGUUUCUUCUCCAAGCGGUCAUGGCGAGACGUGGAUGCCUGUGCAAUCCCCAAUGCAACGAGCUGGGAGUUACUCACGUUUGCACCUUGCUUCGACAGAUUGCCAUGAUGAUCCACAGCCAAGACACACAGAUCUUUGUUCCUACUCAGUUCUACCGUCCGGACCUGGAAGUGACUCUGACGUUCCUGCAAGAUGAUGCCCUGCAACAGAAACUGCUCUGCACUCUGAUUGAACGUGACUUUGAACAGCUCUGGCAGGAUGAGACGAUCUUACAAGGACUUCGAACCCGAUGCCUGAUCUGUGGUGGCCAUUAUUCCACGGCGAUCCUUCUGCAUCAUUUGUUGGUCCAACAUCCACAGGCAUGUGCGUGGGCAGCUCAGUUCAUUUUUCAAUUGCCGCAUCUUUUACAGGCGAUGGCCACCAUGUUGCGUCUGAUGGCGCAGCUGAUCCUGAGCCACGAACGCUCCAUCCAGCUGCAACUCCGCCAGGAUUGCUUCGUUUUGUUCGCCCAAGACCGUCCGGAGGGAAUCAUCCCGCACCUGAAGGCGUUAGCCCAGAGCUGGCGCGACCAGGCCCCGAAGCAUCAGGACGAUCAGAAGUGGCCCACACUGAGGACUCACUUGGUGGCCGGAGUGGUGGCCGAACUUCAUCGUCGAGUUCAACAACUGGCGGCUUCGAAGAAGGGCGAACCGCUGUGGGACCUAGCAGUGGAGAAAGGAACGCUUCUCCCGGACGGGAGCUGGGGUUUUCAACGAUGGUGUCACGACACGAAGCAGUUGAAACGGGCCUCACGACCCGCACUCCCCAUGCCACAGAUGCUGAGGAACCUUCAGUCGUUGGAGGACCUGCUUCAGUCGAACAGCCAUGUCCAGAAGUUCCACAGCCUGAAGACGACACAGACCACGGUUCCAUGGCUCCUCCAACUGUCGCACCGCGACUCCGACGCUUGGUAUCUCCUACAGGACCUCUGCCAGAACACAGUGUGGCCGCAGGAAGGGGAAGGGCUCACAGAAGGCUCCCCAACGGAGCUGAACUUUCAGGGACGGCAACGCCUGAGAAAUCUUCUCUUAGAGCUCCAGCUGGACAACUCAGGCACUACUUGCUAUGCCAACAGCGCAUUCCUAGCAUACAUGUGGGCUUGUUUGUCAAGGCGACAAUUUCAGUACCUUGACUGGGGCGCCCGUUCAGCCACCCUGGAGACCAUUCUUACUGAAAAUGAUGGAACACCAUUUCCCCUUGAUGCUCAAGAAUGGUUUGGACCCCUAUUGCAGGGCUGGAAUGAUCAACAGGGUCAGGCUGACUGUGCAGAGUUUGGACAUAGGCUAGCUGCCUGGCUUGCCCUUGAUGCCUUGUCCAACAGUUGGGAAAGACGAGUCAUCACUCCUGAUGCCACCAUGGUGCAUGACCAAGGGGACAACACCAUGCCAUUGACAUUGCAAUUGGACCCUGCUUUAAUUGAUGAUGGAGAGAUCUCACUGACAGCUCUUCUCAAGUCUUGGAGCGCCGAGCUGGGUAUGCGGGCUGGCAUCACCAACCCCCAGGACAUUCUGGUCAUUCAUGUUGAACGCAUGCUUCUGACUCCAUCAGGUCAGUUGUACAAGCAUGAUGCCAAUAUCACUUUUGCCUGGGAGGUUCAAGUCCCAACAUUGACACCUGACACCGCAAUUCAUCAUGUUUCCUAUACGAUCGUGGCAGUCACGGCACACCUGGGCAGUGACAAAAGUGGACACUACCAGACAAUGUUGCGCACCUAUCCCGAGGUGUCUGACAUCACUGCCCCAUCAAUGUGGAUGUUUUGCGAUGAUUGUCGUUUGCCUGAAAGAUGUUGGGUGUUCCCACCAGCGUUCUCACGGGGCAUCACCGGCAUAUGGCUUUGCCGCACUGACCGCUUGGAGAUGCACCUCAUGGAACAACCUCGGCCAUCACCGGACACUGACCUGCUGUCAGUUCUCAGUGGUCAGACGCGCCUGGCAGGCUUAUCCCCGCUUUCACGCCCUCCCAGCCUGGGCGUGUUGUUGGAUGAAGAGGCGACCGCCGUUUCGAACCCGAAAAGGUAUCUCGCAGCCUUCCAUGCUUGGACGCUGCUGGCGUCUGCCUUGCAGUCUUUGUCGAGCGCCUCGCCUGCGUUCUUUUUCUCGUGCUCGCUCCGUGGCCUCCUAAGCGCUUUGUCUUACUUUAUCGUCAAAGCCGUCACGUCCUCCAGCUUCCGCCUGCGUGCUGCGCGGCUGCCGCUGCCCGAUACUGAAGCCGUCUUCCGUAUUCAAUCUCACCACCGUGGCAAGCUUCUUACUGCCUCCUUGCCGGCCGGGUUUUGCUUCACUGCAACCCUCCUCUUGGAAACCUUCCUUGCCCGCAAUCCUGACGUGUCCCUGGAUGCUGCAAAAACCCACCUUCUGGAUGCUCCACUCUUUGGCGAUCUACGCUACCGCCGGAAAUUGUAUACACUUUCACGCCAGUUUGCUGUGCCGGACGUCUCCCCGCUCUUGUCGACUCUCGCUGAGUCUCCCCAGCUCCACACCAAUUUGGUGCCUCCGGCCUUCUUUCAAGUCCUCUGGGCAGCUCUUCAGACACAAUGCCUCACUCCUCGUGUCUCGCUCCCAAGCCGUGCGUUGGCCAAUGACAAUGUUCAUGUUCCGCUUCCGCUGCCCUUGUGCGAUCUGACUCCAGCGGAAUUACUAUUCAUUGCCCGCGGCCACACUCACUGUCGCCUCAUCACUUUACCCACCCGUGGGUCGCCUGAAACUCACCAGCGUGCCCUCCGCGGCAAUGUUAUUAGCUUUCCACAAAACAGCGUCUCGCUCUUGUCAGCUUUACCUGCUUCCGUCGAUUCUGUUUCGGAUUUGCUGACGGUUUUCUUUCCGCCUGAGCAGAACCUGCAGCCUAACCGGUGCCCCGAAUUUGUUGUCCGUCGCUCACGUGUGCGUGAUGCAAUCCUGUGGCUGCAAACCCACAAUCCUUAUUAUGCAGACGUCACCUUGGAUACUGAGGCCCUUGCUUCCUUACCAGACCAUGGCAUCCCUCAUUCCCUGCUCCACGCUGCGCGCGUGCUGCCCGAGGCUACAGUGUCCGUCGACCCUGGCCCUGCCGAUGCCGUUCCGGACGAUCUUCUUACACCUUCUCUACCAACUGCUUUGCAUGCAGCCGUGCUCGAUGUUGAGGGCGAAGCAACCCAUCCCAUUGCCCCCUGGCAGCAGGCUCUAGUUGCAACAGAUGCAGCUACCGAGAGUCUCACGGUCUCCGAUCCAGACCCAGUUUUAGCUGCAUCACGUGUCACGUCUGCCCUCGAUGCGGCCCGCGCCUUGGGCGACUUGUUGGCCCCUGUCAACCAGCCAGCACCAGACAGCCAAUCGGCUUAUGCCGUGACCGCUCCUGCGUCCUUCGCGUGGAAUGUUGACCAUCUUUUUAUUGCGGUUGCUUUUAACGUGAUCCAUCGCCGCGCCUUGAUGCGUGCCGUCCAUGCCAAAAUUCGUUCUCCGAGCUUCCAGCAAACUGUCCAUGACCUGCAAGCCCUGCGGUCAGUCGAUUUCCGCCGUGUUUUCGACAUCUUGGGCGAGCACGGUGGCAUUCCUCAGGCUCUCCGACAUCAAAGCGUCAGCAACUCCAUGAAAAACCUGCUUCACAUGCUUCGUAUUGUCACAAGCACCGUACCAUGCACGGACGCCGCUCGCACGGUCAUGCGCCAUGAACUUUGUGCGCUGCAGCUGUAUUUCGGCUUUCCAGCCUUGUUUGUCACCUUCAAUCCCUGUGACACGCGUCACCCUUUCACAUGCGCCAUGCAUUUUUCUCAUCGCGUCGCUGAUACCGUCCCUUUGCCCGAUCUAGAUGCUGCACUCUACGAUGUUUUGAAAGAUGUCAAUCUCCCACGCCUCGUUGCUGACGAUCCCGUGGCUGCCACCAAAGCAUUCCACUUGCAUGUUAUGCUUUUCCUUUCCCAUUUACUUGGCUGCCCUCCUUCUUCGUCUCCCCCUGACCCCGAUCAGGCUCGCAUGCCAGAAGGAGUGUUUGGCAAGGUUAUCGCUUUUUAUGGCGUCACCGAGCUUCAAAACCGUGGCAGUCUCCAUAUCCACUUGCUCUUGCACUUGGCUGGUUUUACUUCCCCGCAGGACCUCAUUGCACGCUUCACCGGCCGCUUGCCUAGUUUAGCUUCUGCUCUCACCACGUGGGCAUCUUCCAUGCAACAUGCCUCCUUGGAAGCCAUCCCUGCAGCGUUUUCCAUUCCAGCCGCUGCGGAUUCCCUUCGACAGUUGCAACCCUUUUCCAAGAAGCAACGUGCUGCUUUGGGUCCUGCCUAUGAACCCUUCUUAACCAUCGCUUCCCAGCAUUGGUUUGCUGCUGAUGCUUCCCGGCGCUUACCCAUUGCAGCUUCUGCCUGGUUCGAUCCCUUCCUUGACGCGCAAGAGUCCCGGCCCUCUUGCCUACCUUGGCCGCGUGAAUAUUUAGACCCUUCCUCUGCACUUCCUGCUGACUCCUGGAUGCGCCUUUUGCUGUAUGAUGUGCGCCAUACAGUCGUCCAAUGCGGCCUCCAUGAGUGCCGUCCCGGGACCUGCUGGAAGGGCUGGCUUGGCAAGAUUCGGUACUGCCGCCUCGGCUUCUGGCAUUGGGAGCCCUGUUCCUCUCAGCCUCGUGCUUGGCGACGCGUUCAUGGGCAUCCUCUGCAACCCACUUGCGUCAUCGGCCGCGUUCCCCCCUCGCGAGGCCUUUUGCUGCCAGAGCGGCACCAUCCCUUCUUUGGCAAGACUCACGCCGCAAUUUUUGCUGCCACCAAAUCUAAUCAUGAUGUUGGUCUUCUGCUUCGGGCACCUCCACCCGAUGCAUCUUUGGAUGCCGCCACGUGUUUACAGUUCAUGCUUACUAAUUUGCGCACGACUUCCUUUUAUGUCACCAGCUACUCCAGCAAAGUGCAACCGCAGCUCACCAACCUUUGGUCCCUUCUUAUGUCCGGCCAAGCCAGUCUCGAUGCCGAAAUCGAUGCCCUGCCCUCUCCUCUCCCUGCACUGUCCCGCGCGUCACGCGUCUUGCAUCGCAUGAUCAGUGCUUGUCAGAAACGUGUCCAUAAGAGCAUGCCGGAAAUGCUUCACUUUCUCCUUGGCUUUCCUGAAGCUUACAAAUCGCACGCUUUCCAACGCAUUUUUCUCUCAGACGUCUUGCGUGCUGCUUCCCACUUGCUGUCCGAGGAUCCGCCUCACCGUCUUGCCGCGGAAGAUGCCAAUAUUUUGCUUCUGCCCCCUCCGGAUGUGGACCCGCACAGUGACAUUCCUUCUCACGUCCGACCGGUUGCUUUUGUCCCGCAAAGUCUCGACUAUACCUGUCGCGGGCCUUCCUUGCUUUCCUGGCCUUUCUACUUUUACGUCGCCGGCGUGCGGCGGUGUCGGCGCUCGGAUAUCUCCUCCGAGUCUCACGUCGCUUUUUUUGACGCCGCCCAUCCCCUGUCACAAUCCCACGUGCAAGUCAUACUCUUAUGCACGACCUGGGCUAUUCCAGUCCUUACUGGUACCUCUAUCCCCGAUCCUGUCGCUGAUCCCGAACGUUUCGCUUUGCUCGCUUUAGUGUUGCUCAAACCUUGGCAUGAUCCUGCUUUGCAAGAUUUACUGCAGCCUUUGCUCCUGGAUGGCGACCCUUUUGCCUCCUGGCGUGCUGCGUUGGCAGAUUUCGAGACGUCUCUGCACGAGCAAGCUUCACCAUCCUUGCCGCGCGCGCAUCCCUUCACGCCCGUCUAUUGGUCACAACGCUGCUUAGACUUGCUCAUUCAUUUGCGUAAUUUGGCGGGUUCUCCUCUCCUUGAUCUGAAUGCUGCCGCUGUCCGAGUCAAUCCCGAUGCUGCUGCAGGCGUUCCAAAUUCGGUUGAAUUACCUAGCGUCACUCUACCAGCCGACCUUCUUGCUGAUGACGUAGUUGUUCCCCCAAGUGAUCCUUCAGAUUCCGACACUGCACCGUUCUCUGAUACCCUUGCCGAUCCCGUUCCUGACCUGCCUGCGGCUGCUCCCACCGAUUCCUCCCAAGCUCUUCCCCCCCUUUGCUGGCAGGAAGUCCUUGAUGCGUGCGUCGGCCAAGUCUUCGAUCCUGACAAUUCUUUCUGCACGCAUUUCCGCGCUCAUGCCACUUUCGCUUUCCCGACGGCUUCCCCCGCCUCUACUUCCAGUCCGCUCGUUUUCCCGCGCGGUUGGACUUCCGUGGCGCCCACUGAUUUGCUCCAUGCUGCUUCUGACUGGAGCUCCGUUCUGUCGCCUACUCCUUCCGCGUCAGCGCCUUCGCCCAGCACUUGUCCUUCGCCGCGUUGUGUUCCUGCGCCCAACCCUUUUGAUCUCAUCUGGUCUUGGCUCCAGCUCGGCCGCUGUAAUCAGACCGAUGGGGCCUUGAAUCUGAAACAAGCUGCGAUCCUUUCCUUGCAUGCUGCAUCCCUCCAUGCUUCCAUCCAACAUGCCCGUUCGUUGUCUGCCACGGCCCCGUCGCCCCAGCUGUCCAUCCUUCUCGGUGGCCCUGGUACCGGCAAAUCUUAUAUCCUGAAGCUAUGGCAAGAAUUGUACAAUACCUUCUGGCCUGCUACGACCAAGACCUGCGCAUUGAUGCACACAGCUGCUCGCCUCGUCUCUGGCAGAACCCUCCACAGUGCUUUGUCUCUGCCUUUUGAAUCUCUGAAUGCCAAAAACAAGUCCCUCGGAGACAAGAAAGAAAGCCUCCUCGAUGAUUGGGCACCGAUCCGCACUUUACUCUUGGAUGAAUGCUCCACCAUUUCUGCCGAAGUCUUUGGCAGCGCCGAAUUUCGGUCUUGUCAAGUCAAGAAUUCCAAUCUGCCUUGGGGUGGCCUUAGCGUCCACCUCUUCGGCGACUUCUGCCAAUUGCCCCCAGUGCUCGCCACCAGCUUGGCACAUGCGUCCGAACCGCCUCCUGGCCUCAACCCCUCUGCUCGCCGUCGUUGGCUCCAGCAGCAUGCUCCCGCGCAACGCGGUCGCGCUUUGUGGCUCCAGUUUCCUGAUUGCAUUCUUCUUGAUUACUCGCAUCGUUGCUCCGGCCCUUUAGCCACCCUCCUCGCUGAACUUCGUUCUCCCGCGGGCUUUUCUGCUGCCAGCUGGGCCCUUCUCCGUCGCCGCUUGAUCGUGCCCAAUGAUCCACGGCUCUCAGAGCUGCCAUUCUGUUCCGCUGCUGCUGUCAUAGGUGUCACGCGCCAUUCCUUACGUGCUCUUCUCACACUUCAGCGCGCUACAGCUCUGGCUUCUGCUCAUGGCCACCGUCUCUUGCUCUUGCCUGCUUCUGACCGACUUCGCCGUGACGACCGUGGUUCCUCCGAUGAGCCCCCUUUCCUCCGCCGCGUCUUAGCUGUCCAUAACUUGACCGUCACGAAAAACUUACCUGGCUAUCUCUUCCUCUGGCCACAGUGUGAACUUAUUCUCGAAGCCGUUCUUUGUCCUGAGCUUGGCAUUACCCGCGGUUGCCGUCUUCGCUUUCUCGAUAUCCUUUACCACCCUGGUCAGCUGCGGCCCUCUCCCAACCCAGCGCUGCCGCCGUUCAUCUUUGAUCGCUUGCCUGCCGCUCUCUUGGUCGAGGUCCCUGAUGCCACCUGGAUCAAAGAACCUUCCCUUGGCCCUGGCCGCUUUCUCCUCCUGUGUCAAACGCGCUCUUGGCUUUUCAAACCUGGCACUGCUGAUGGCCAUUAUUGCCCAGCUACCGUCCAUCGUACCCAGUUUCCAGCUACGAACGCCCUCGCAUUCACCGCCUACGUCCUCCAAGGCGCCACCGUGCCAGGCAUCUUACUGGACCUUGCCAAGCCACCGGCCCAGUCUCGCGACGAGUUCUGGAUGAGCUUGUACGUUUUGCUGUCCCGUGUCACAUCCUUGGACCACAUCUUGUUUUUCCGGCUACCGUCCCCUGCUCAGUGUCAAGGCGGCCCGCCGGCCUGGCUGAAAUCCGAGAUGGCUCGGCUUCGGACCCUAGAGCAACAGACACUCCACCGUCUCGAUGCUCACCUGGCCACGUCUGCCCGCGAAGACUUCCGAGCUCUUGUCACGCAACCUUUGCUACAAACUUCGUUGCAUCCCAUCUCUGCAUCAUCCUCGGCCGCACCUCCCCUGCAAUGCAGCGCAGCGCCGUCCUCUUCCGCAGCUCCUCCUCUUCGACGCCGCGCCCCGCCGUCGUCAGCUGCAGCUUCUUCUGCUGCUCCCGCGGUCGUCGUGCCCAAGGCCCGUGCUGUUGUGACCGCUGGUGCUCCUGCUGCAUUGCCCGAACCUGCGCCGGAGGUUGCCGGGGCUCCGCACUCCAUCUCUGGUGACAGCCCGCAGAAGGCUUCGCCCAAGAAGCGCGAGAUGACGCCAGUCCCCUUUCAAGCUCCGCCUGCCAAGCUCCUCAAGUUCCACGAAGUCUCGAGUACACAAGGCUUUGUUCCAGAGUUGACCAUCACACUGGUGCUCAGGAUCUAUACCCAUGAUGCAGUUCUGGUGCAUGAUCACCUCCACGAUACCGCGACCCAGCUGCUCUGGUGUUCGGACCCGCCGAUCUUUGAGUAUUCUCACCGCGUCGCUUGGGCCGACUUUCUGAAGGAGCAGAACCUGGAUGAGGCCAAGCUCCUCAAGUCGUACCAGAUUGUUCCCCGGGUUGCCUCGGCGCCAACGUUCCGCAAGGGCAUCUACGCGGGCGGCGGCGAACUGGGGGCGAUCCAGGCCCUCACGCUGCUCGAGAAUUACUUGGUCGGGCGCCUGGCAGCGCCCACCUUCGCCACGACCACGGUGAAGGUGCUGUGCCACAACCAUACACCCUACGACCUCACGACCCACUUUGAGGCCACCAACUUGCCAGCUUUCUCUUUCGUCAUGUCCGCGUGCGAGCUCCCGUCCAUGGCCGUGAUGGAUUUGCCCCCUCCUUCACGCCCGUUGAAGCUCAAGCUCAAGGUCGCCUCGCCCGACACGGUCGCCAUUGAGUUCCAUGGUCGCACGUACUCCCUGCGCCAGAACCUCGCUGAUUGCGGGUUCCCGGUAGGCGGAGGCUACCUGGACGCCGACGACAACUUGGUUGAAAAGGGUCCGGGUGCCACGUAUGUUCGCUGGACUGAAGCUUUGCCCUUCAAGACCUUAUUGAACAUCGCGGACAUCAUUGCAAAUACCUUUGUGGAGGUUGAGGUCCACGGUGGCACCAUUCCGCCUGAGUUUCUGCCACCAUGCUUCCAGGUCGUCUGA